GAAAUAAUAACAUUAACAAAGAAAAAUUAAUAGAUACAACCCUUACUCACUUUAUUGAAAAGCUUAGGCAACAAUUAAUUAAAAUUCAAGAAGCUAUAACUGCUAGAAAAGUUACAACAACUGAA